AUGCUUCGCUCCAGACAGAACUUGCGUAGUGGGUGGUCCUUCAAACAGCACGAUGAUGACGACCCCGGUGCCUGGCUUCCAGUCGAGACUCUUCCGAGUCAGGUCCAUAUCGACUUGCUCGCCAACAAGAGGAUCCCUGAUCCUUUCAUGGACAUGAAUGAACAAUCUGUUCAGUGGGUUGCCGAAAAGUCGUGGCAAUACAAGCUUCGCCUCCCGGCACCAGCCAUCCACUGCCCAGAAAACACCAGUACCGACCUCGUUUUUGAAGGUCUAGAUACUUUCGCCACAGUCACUCUGAACGGCGUUGAGAUCCUGAAGUCAGAAAACAUGCACAUUUCCAACCGUGUCAAUGUCAACAUGACUUGGAACUCCGAUAGCGAGAACGUCCUUGAAAUAGUUUUCGACUCAGCUUUGCUCCGUGGUCGUGACAUCGUCAAGCAGCACGGAGAGCACCAAUUCUUCGCCCGGCAAACGGAGGAAGGCAGAAUCCCUGUUCGCAAGGCACAGGUGUGGGGAGGCGGCAUUUACGAAGACAACGCUUUUCUGGACGCCUGCGAUGAACUUGGGAUUCUAGUCUGGCAGGACUUUGCCUUCGCAUGCGGCAACUACCCAGUUUAUGCUGCAUUUCUAGAAAGCAUAGAAGAGGAGGCGCGGCAGAACUUGAGACGCUUUAGAUCUCACCCUUCUGUGGUUGUUUGGGCCGGAAACAACGAAGACUACCAGGUGCAAGAGAGAUACAAGUUGGAGUACUUUGCCGAUGAUAAGGAUCCCGAAUCUUGGCUUAAGUCUACUUUCCCUGCAAGGUAUAUCUACGAGUUCCUGCUGCCGAAGCUGGUUCAAGAGGAAGACUCCUCAGUUUUGUAUCAUCCUGGCAGUCCCUGGGGAGACGGAAAACAUACGACUGACCCAACGGUGGGAGACAUCCAUCAAUGGAACAUAUGGCAUGGUUUGAUGAAUAGAUUCAUCUCCAUCCAGACAGGCAAGGACAUACGCGACGCCAUCGCCAGUGCCCUCUAUGCUCAGCCGAAUGGGACGACAGAGGUUCACAAGAAGCAGCGCGUGGCUGUUGCAGCAUAUGCAGCGAAUACUGCUGAUGACCCCUUUGUAAUUCAUGCCUCGUUAACUUUUAACGGGGAACUUGUGGCCACCGACACUGCUUGGCCGGAGCCUUUCAAGUAUCUUGACCUGAACGACCGGCACGUCGGCCUCGAGAUCUACCAGUCGGGCGGCGAGAUCUCAAUUGCCAGCAGACUUCCAAUCAAAGGCUUUGUGCUUGAGGAGACAGAAGGCAUGAAGUUGAGCGACAAUGGCUUCGACCUUGUGCCUGGCGAGAAGCGGGAGAUACAGAUUGAGGCGGGGCCGACGACAGCUCCUCUGAGGUGGACUUACCUUGGGGCGCCGGAUGAAACAAGCACAUAUAGACCUAAGCUGUAG